AUGAUACAGUGUGUCGGCAAAACAACUUCCUGCUGUCAGCCACCACGCCGCCACUACCACAAUGAGACUCUGGUGGGUGUACGUGGCGGUUGUCUUGCUGUCCGUGGCGGUGAGGGGCAAGAAGAACAUAGAGGAGGAGGAGUAUGGCGUGAGAUAUGCCUCGGAGUGUGAAGUGUGCAAGCUGGUGACGAAGGAGGUGGCAGAGCAGCUCAACUCCAAGGACUCCUCUGAGGUGAUUGAGACAGGCUACAACAUGGACACCAAGAAGAAGAAGACCAAGUAUAAUAAAUCGGAGCUGCGUCUGGUGGAGACCCUGGAGGAGGUGUGCCGAGGGAUGCUGGACUACCGGAUACACAAGGAGCGCCAGGACUCCACACGUUGGGCCAAGAAGAUGAGCCAGACCUUCCAGACCCUUCAUAACCUGGUGAACAAGGGAGUGAAGGUUGAACUGGGCAUACCCAUGGAGCUAUGGGACGAACCUUCUGCUGAGGUGGCUCAUCUCAAGACACAGUGUGAGGGCUUUGUGGAGGACAAUGAGGAGGCCAUCAGCAACUGGUACUUUGGUGAGCAGCGAGUGAGUCUGCAGGAGGACGUGUGCAAGAAGGUUGUGGCCAAGCACCAGUGUCUCUCGGAGCCUUACGGGGAGGAGGAGUUGCCACCCUCCCCACCUGACACCAAGGGAGAUAUGUCAAGAACUGCCUCAGACAGGGUAGAACUCUGACACCAGCACCACCAUGUCUGAGAGAGAAGGAGCGAGAGCAAGAGCGAGAGAGAGAGUGUGAUUCUUCCAUACUUACAUAAUUUUGGGAUUUGAGUUGAUGAUUUUUAAGUUGUGAUUUAAUUGUGUGAAACUUGUGAUAGAGUAAUUCAUCCAUUGUGUGUGUCAGUCUGUGAACAGUGGGAGUUGUGAUGAGGCAGCUUUCAUUCCAGUGCUGGGAAGAAGAAAGUGGUGUGUUUGUGUGUGUGUGUGUGUAUGUGUGUGUGUGUGUGUGUGUGUGUGUGUGUGUGUGUGUGUGU